GGCGGUUUUGUUUAACCAUUUGCGAAAAUCAAAAAGUUUCAAUCGGCCCGCCUCUCUCUCGCUCUCUCUCUCUGUCACUCAGAGCAGAUUCAAAUUCCAGUUACUUUUCCGGCGAUCAAGGAGUUAGGGAUCUCGCAUUUCAAGCCGCGAGAGCUCUGGUUCGAGGAAAGAUGAGCGAAUACAGAAGCUUCGGCAGUAACUUUCACCCAUCAAGUCAAUCUCGAAAGAUGUCUAUUGGAGUUAUGGCUGAUUCACAGCCCAAGAGAAACCCUGAUGGAGAUGCUGCUAUUGGCAGAGCUGAGAAGUUGAAAUCAGCCGCAGCAACCGAUUUACAGCUGAACAAGAAGGUCACAGGUGAUGAUGUAGCUGCCAAGCAGAGGAGUUCAGCUACGGGGACUGAACACGUGACCUCACCUUGGAGGUCUCCCAGAUCUUCUUAUCGGAAAUUGGGCACUUUGGAGAAUGUUCUUUGCAAGCAAACGUCUACCUUGUCUGGUAGUAAAGGGUUAAACAAGGGACCAAAUGGAGCACAUCAGGCACCAGCUCGUGACACAUUUCAAGACAUUCCUGUCUCUAGUCCUCGGCACAGUGAUGAUGAGCCGAUCAGUGGCAGGAAGGGUAACGAGAUGGAUAAGAGUCCUGAGAGGAUGCAAGAACCUCCAUCUGCAGUCUUGCCGCAAAAGGUUGCGUCACAGAGAGAAGAGAAGCGUGGACCAGAGACGGCUAAAGAUGGAAGUACUGAUGUUUUGAGAUCGAAACUGUGGGAAAUAUUGGGGAAAGCUUCGCCGGAAUAUAAUGAAGAUGUCAACUCUGAAACCCCAGAAGUGGUUAAGACAAACUCCAAGCUGAAUCAAGACAAGAGUUCAGACAAUGAUCCUCUUACUAAGCCUAGACACAAUUCAGAUACUAUUGAAACUGAUUCUGAAAGCCCUGAAGUUGCAACCAGAAGGCCGGUGACUAGAUCUUUGUUGCAGAGGAGGGUGGGAGCCAGAGGUAUUCAGAAGAGAGCCAAAACUGGUGCCAACUUAGGUGGCAAAAGCACAGAAGAAGUGAACAACGUGUUCACCUUUGAAGAAGGUUUUCGCGGGAGAAAUGGCACCGCCAUGAACUCCACUGGUGUGCCGAAGAAACAAAGGGGAAGGAAGAAAAAUACUGCUGUAAAAUGCCGCAAGGUUCAGUCUCGUGAAAAGGAUGAAGCUGAUGGGAUUCUGAAGGAGACGAGCAAGAGUAAAACUCCAGCACGUUCUGAGAGUACAAGAACUGGCAAAAGGUCUUCAUUGUCUGACAGAAAAGGAAGUUCCCUUGAGUUCAAUCAACACACCAAAGCCCAAAACCAGAAACCAGAUGUUAGAACAAGGGAAGAAGAUUUUCAGCCAUCACCAGAGGCUGAAACAGCAGCUACGCCAGAGAUGUUCCGUGGAUUAUUUAAAAAUGGCGAUGAACAGAAAGGGCCGUGUGAAGUUCUCAGGGAAAAGUCUGUUGAGCCAGAAAAUGACUUCCAGAGUCCAACGUUCGGAUAUAAAGCACCAAUCUCAAGUCCUUCCCCCUGUCUUUCUCCUGAAGCAUCUCCUUUGCAUCCUCAGAAUAUUAGUCCCGCUUUUGAUGAGGCUGAAACAACAAUAUUUAGCUUCGGUACUAAGAAAACUCCUCAAGGGACAAAAGGCGAAGCGUCAGAUAAGAGAUUGCAUGACUUCUUGGAGAAGAAAGAAGAUUAUUCUUUCGGCAGAGAGAGUUCUGCCGAGCCAGAUGAAGAUUUAGUUCUCUCAGAUCCGUCGUCUGAUGAGAAAGAUUCAGAUGGAUCAAUAGAAGACUCACCCGCGUUGGGCCAUUACAACAGUCCCCAAGCAAAAGAAACUGCUAACGGGAGUAAUAAGAAAUCUAAGCCAGGCUUUAGCUCAGCUAAACGGAACUCGAACCUUAAGGGCAAUGGACGUGUUACCUCGUCUUUGUCCGAAGGGAUGCAUAAAACUGAUUCCUUCCAGCGGUUUUCAGAGGUGGAUGAAGAUGAAGGCUUGGGAAGGGCUGUUGCAUUGUUUGCUGUGGCUCUUCAAAACUUCGAGAAAAAGCUGAAAUCUGCAGCCAAAAAGAAGUCUUCAGAAAUUAUAGCAUCAGUCUCGGAGGAGAUACAUUUGGAGUUGGAGAAUGUGAAGUCUCACAUCAUAACAGAAGCGGAAAAGACGAGUAACGUAGCCAAAACUAAGAGAAAGCAUGCUGAAACAAGAUUACAAGAGCAACAAGAGAAAAUGAGAAUGAUCCAUGAAAAGUUUAAGGAUGAUGUCGGGAACCAUCUUGAAGAUUUCAAGAGUACUAUUGAAGGGCUUGAAGCAAACCACUCAGAGUUGAAAGGAAGCAUAAAGAAACAAAGAACAUCACACCAAAAGCUCAUUGCGCAUUUUGAAGGAGGCAUCGAGACAAAACUGGACAAUGCGACCAAGAGAAUCAACUCUGUCAACGAGCAGUCUGCAAGAGUAAAGAUGCUGCAGCUGAAGAUGAUUGUGGCAGAAUGUUUGAAGGAUGAUGUGUUAGGUUGACCCUACCCCGAGUGAGUCUCACAGAAUCAAAUCACACACUUCGUAUGCUUAUUCUCCACUUAGAAAAACAUACCUUACUUUCGUGUCUUGGUUACCCUAUUUUUAGUAACUUUACACAGAACCUGGUGAUAUAUAUUCUCCACUUAUGGUCUCGUGAAUAAAAGAUUAGUAGAGAUUCAUUUGCCUCCUC